AUGCUACCUAGAAAUUCAAAUUGGUUCAAAUGGCAAUGGCCAAUUGAUGGAGAUUUGGAAGGUUGUAUACUAGCAUGGUCUAUUCCGAAUAUUGGUGAUUGGACAAUAUUUACUCAAACACAAUUAGAAAAGUUGCAAAAACAUGAAAUAAAUAAACCCACUUCAUAUAAUUCAAUCCCAACAAUACCAAUUUCAAAUUGGUAUAUACCAACACCAAAUCCUGCACGACCACGUUGA